CCCAUGGAUCGUGUCUUUCGCUUAAAGUCGUGACCAUGAAAGCAAAGGAACUUUCCUUCUCUUCUCCAGGGAUGACGUCAUAAACGACGCCCCUUUAAAAAGGAGAGAAUUGGAAGGCGGCUCUGCUUCAUUGAUUCUCACGCUAAAAAAAAGUAUAAAAUGCGAAGCACGGUGAAGAAAGCUUUGAUUAUUGGAUUGGCAAUCUCAGCUCUCUUGUUUGUGGCCAUGGCGGAUUCAGGUUCCUCAUCCGAAGAAGCUAAGGCAGCCGUUCAAAUCGUUUACACUGAGAAACCCGGUGACGGUGAAGAGCCAGAAGCCUUUCACAUCAAAACCCUAGCUUCCGUGCUUGGAAGUGAAGAAGCGGCCAAAGAUGCAAUCCUUUACAGUUACAAGGAGGCGGCAAGUGGAUUCUCUGCAAAACUCACUCCACAGCAGGUUGCAGAGCUUUCAAUGCUGGUGCAUGCCCAAACUGGACCCCAAAGAGAGCGGCUGACUGCGAUGGGACAAUGCUUCGGGGCUGUGUCGAGCAUAGUGGGUUGCUGGAGACAAGUUUACAACUUCAUCAAAAUUGGGCCAAUUGGCAAAACAUUUCCGAAAGCCGAUUGCUGCCAGGCUGUUCUAGAGACCGAGGCACAAUGCUGGGGAUCAUACCCGAUGCCAGACCACGGGAUCGACCCAACAAUGACUAUCAUGCUCAACAACUAUUGUGUGGGUAUCAUUGGACCAGAAGUACCAGACCAUUUGGGUUAGAACCCAGCUUAGUAUUGAAGUAUCCUGUCUGAUGGAAUAGGAGCCCCUAAAUAGAUUGUGUCCAUAGAAUUUCAUAUGCAAUGGAAACCGUAGUUUGGGAGUGUUAAUAAAAAGUGCAUUUGAUUUGGCUAA